AUGAGUGCAAACGAGUCCAAAAAUGAAGCCAGUGGCACGAAGCCGCCCAGUCACUCCAGGCCAAACCAUCGGAAGGUCAUUGAGGAGCUUCUUGAAGUUGUGCGGAAGCAACAAGCCAUCAUGGAACAUCUUUCUAGAGACCUAAACUUCACCCGCUCCCAAUUCGAGACAAACUUAAACUACGACAAUGGCGAUGGAGACUAUACAGCUGACACGGACUAUGAAACAAUAGACGUCAGGGCGCAUGGUAUGGAUGUUGGCAACGGGAUAAUCAGUGUGGAUACAGCAACAGAUUAUAUAGCGUACAAGGUUGCUAUGAAUAACCAUGAGGCAGGAUUUAAGAAGACGAAGGACCAACUGGAGAAGAUAUGGGAGGCGGUCGAUUUGGUCCAACGCGAGGAUGAGUUUUCAGAAAAGUUCAUUGGCACUCCCUGA